AUGCAGAAGACAAUUGUCGCUAUUGCUAGGAGGAGAAAGUUAUUGGAUGAUGGGAUUCUAAAUGCUCUGCUUGAUGAUUCAUGGGAUACAUUGGAUAUCUCUGGUUCGGACAUCACUGAUCUUGGUCUUACCAAAGCUGCACAAACUUGCCCCAAUUUACUUGCUGUUGACGUAAGGUAUGGAAGAAUUUUUCGAUUGUCCUUAUCUAUAACACUGAGAAACUUUUAUUUGCAUUUAUCAAAAUUUUAGUUCUGAUUCUGUUGUAAAUGGUGGCUUCAUAUAUCUUACAUCUUAUAGGGGGAUUUGAUGUCAUUAAACUCAGGAGAAAAUAGAGAUAAUAUUUUUUCAUGAAAAGAUGUUUGUUUGAUGUUCAAAUACUAAAUCGCAUUCUGAUAAGACAAUUUUAUGGCUACAAGGUUGAGAAUGUGAUAAAUAGCUGAAAGAAUUAUGCAUGCGUUUCAUCUUCUCAUAGUGGUCUUUAUGUUUCAACCUGUUUGUUACACCUCAGUGGUAGUAUUAGAAAUGACAACUGGAUUCAUGAUGAGCAGCAGGAAUUGAAAGGUUUAUCUUUGUGAUAUGAGGAAAAUUAAAUGUGAAUAUCUCUGUUAGUGCUACCUUUCAUGUAGGUGUCACAGCGGAUGACAUGCUGUCUGAGGUACUGGCAGAUCUACAAAUUUAUCAUAAGUAUCUUAGAAAUUUUAGGUGCAUAUUCUUGUCCGUAAAAUUAAUAGACAAAAAUGAUAUCAUGGGGAUGAUAUAAACAAUUAUUAUCAGACUGUCCUAUAUUAUAUCCGAUACUAUUAUUUUAUUGAAUGUAGUUGUCAGUUGGGACAGGUUUGUCGGACAUUAAAAUAGAGAGUUUUUUGUAUAAUGAGAAAUUCACCGCUGUGUGGAUUAGAUAGAAGCUUAUUCAAUUCGAUGGACUUAUAUCCCUACUCGAAGCAUUCAUUUUUCAAUUUGGCUUGCCUUGGUAUUCCUACACUUUAACAGCAUCCAGCUGUAGAUUGGUCAGAGAAAUUUUACUUCCGGCGUUUCUAAUCUGCAAGAAAUCUUCCUCAAUAUAUUUGGCGGGAAUUUUAAUUUCGUCUGGGGAUUUGAUGAGCAAAAUGAUGUUUGAUGAGAAAUAAAGACAAUCUUUCCAGGAAUCUAGCAUUAGCUGUCUUAUAUUCUGUUCUAUUUGGAGAGUCUUAAGCCAAAGCUGUUACAUGAAGUACCCUCAUCAGGCCCUUACAAUUAUAGAUCUUGGAAGUAUGUGCACUUCGGAGAAAUUUUCAAAUAUCCACUUUCUUUUUGAGUUUAAAAUGCCAUUUGAUUUUAUUUAAUCAUAUAUGAAAAAGGCUCCCAUGAAUUUAUGAAAUAAUUUUUUUUAUUUUGAAUAGGACACACUCUUUUCUAUUUUUUUAUUUCAUUGUAAAUGUCAUAGGAUGGAGAUAUCAGUUUAAUAGUGAUUUCCGUACGCUUAUUUUUAUAUUUAGUAUCCUUCACAUGACCUUUGUUUUUACCAUGCUCUUGAAAAUUUCAAGGCCCAGCAUGGAACAAAAGUAAUGUGUUAGGGCCAAAAAUAUCAGGCCCAUUACCAGGCCCACUGCUAGGAUUACUUACGCCCAGAGGGGAAAGGUAAGUCAUAAGUAGGCCAAGGAGCCCAGUUAGGAGGACAUAUAAGGCCCCACUGUGGGGGCACUUUUGAAGGAAAACUAGGAGAGUGGGGCGCUCUCGAAUUCGUCCCAAACUAUUCUUGGGUUUCCUUCAGAAACCCUCCCCUUUUCCUAUUCUUACGUCUUGUUUAUCGUAGUGUUUUAUUUCCGUUCAUCUCUAUUCUCUUAGACUGUGCAACCUGGAUGUUGUCCUUGAUAGGGUCCUUGAAUGUGUCAAGUGAGCUGGUUUAAUUGUUUUCGGAAUGGUCAUAUUGUCAUCUUUUCUGACUUGUUCCCUUAUUUUAUUUUCACAACAGUCAUCUUUGUUUAUUUACCUGUAGUACACAUUUCAUCAUAUGUGAAAACAUUUUUUCUGCAGAAAAUGCAAGAAAAUUACUAUCGUGGGUGUCUCUGCACUUAUAUCUCAAUGCCAUUCAUUGGAGAUCUUGAGAUGCGGGUAUUCUCUUAAACUUCAUUACCAUAGUUAGUAAACAAUGUUAUACAAGGGGAGGCAUAAUAUUUCUUUUUUUUAGAUUUCAUUUGACUGUAAAAAACUAGUACCUAUUUCUCGCUAGCUAAUGAGUCUGAUUUUACUUCUUUCCACCGAAUGGUUUGAAUAAACGUACAAUCAAAUAGAACACCAUGGGAAAAAGGCUACAAAUAAGUUGAUAAAUGAUAUGUAAGUAAUGUUGGUCAUUGGCAUUGGCUGAACUUGAUUGGUGGGGGUGGGGAAGUUGGUUUAAGGGGUAAUCUGCAUGUCAUCCAGGUUUAAGGGGGUGAGUGAAUUGUCUGACUCUCUAAGUUUGGUUAUGAGACAAAAUUGUUGAACAAAAAUAAUCAUUUAGGGGAAACCUGAGCGUUUUGUAGAUGGUCAAUCUAACUCUAUUUUAUUUUUGAAGCCUCUUUUGGGUACCUCUAUUAACUUCUUGCAAGAUAUAAAUUAAAUCUUCUUAUGCAAAAUAUUUUGCUCAAAAGUAGGUUUGUAAAUGAUUGGAAAGCCUACUUGUAUAUUGAUGGAGCACUAUGAACCAUUUGUCGGCUUGUUUAAGGGGAGCUUCUAGGCAUGAAAAUUUCAGAUUAAAGAAAGCAUCAAUCAUCUCACGUUUAAGAUGUUGAUGUAGCACUUUGAACUAUUGGUGAGGUUCUUCAAAUAGAGCUUUCAAAAUUGAAACUUUCAAAUCUGUGGCACUGAUCAUCUCAUAGCUGAUGGGGUUUUUAUUGCUUAGAAGCCAUAAUUCUCUGAUGCCAUAGCCUUAUUUUCGAUGGCUAAGUUUUCAUAUCUUGGUAACAUAGUUUCUAUCACUUUUCAUGUAUCAUCACUUUGACCAUUGAUACGAACUUGUUUUCAUCUGAUUUUUCUUGAAACUUUGGGGCAACAAUUAUUGUCUUAUUUUUCUGGUUUUUGCUUCUAUGGUCUUCAUUCCUUGUCCUAAAAAUGAUAUAAAAUAUUCACAAAGAUUAGUACCAAGAUUAAAUUUAUUAUCCUCAAAAAUGAUUUUUAGGCUCAUCAGAAUUAAUUUUCUUAUGCGUCAAGGGCACAUCUUCUUUAGUGAACCCAUUCUUAGUUGGACUAAUGCUGUAUGGAGGAACAUGAUCACCACAUCUCUAGUAUCAGCACUCGCCCGGGGAGGUAACGCACUCAAACAUACACACACAACGUACAGGGAGGGAGGGGGAGAGAGAGAGAGAGAGAGAGAGAGUACAAUUACAAGGUUAAUGCAUUUUUUCGUAUAAAAAUACAUGUUAGAAUAAGCAUAAGAUUAUGAUAUUUCUUGGGAAAUCAGGAGGUUUCUCAUACUGAAGUGCAACUGAAAAACAAAUGUGGUUAUCAAAAUUCCACGGGUGAAAAGAAGCAAAAGCCAAAUAACCCUUUUUUAGCUUCCUUUUCACCACAGACUAUGAAUAUAAGUGAAAUCUCCUGAUUGCAGAGGGUGCCCUAGCAGUGAAUCUACAGCACGAAGAUGUUUGAGUAUCUUGGUGCCAAAGUUGAAUGCUGUGGAGGAGGAAUCUUGGGAGAACUUGGAAAACACAGAUCUUGUUGAUGGUGCACAGUCAUUGCGUUGGCUUGUAUGGGUAUGCAAUUUAUUUCAAUGUGAGCUCGGUGGAAACCUUUAUAAUGCAAUAUAUUUCCUACCUGUCUGAAAUUUUAUGAUAUGAACUUGGUGUAGCAUACCCCCUUACCUUUGAAUGAAAUGCUGACUAUUUCAAAGAUAGGAUCAUAAACCUUUGCGAUUCUACUGGGAUCCAUCCCUCCUUGAUCUAAAUAUUGAAGUUCUCAUGAAUCAACGAGAUAAAGAAGCCUAUUGGUUGGUUUCUGGUUUAUCCAUUAGAACAGCCGGUGGCAUAUUUUUUAGUGUGUAGGUCACAUUUUUUAAUUUUGCUGGACCUGGGUUUGCAAGAAGUUCAUCCUCUUCCAUGCGAUAGUUGUUCUUCCUUCCCACCUAGACGGAACGACUCCCCCUUUUCCUGUCCAGCUGGAACUCCCCUACUUCGGGAGCCAGCCCAGCUGCCUUGUCUCUUCUUCAGCUCCAACCCUUUUCCCAUAAAUCCCGUCGCCACAUCCUCCCGCCACCUUCCCCGUACACUUAUCUCAACCCAUGUUUCACAAGGCGUCGGGUCCUGCCUGGCCCAUCGUCAGUCCUAGAUAUAAGAGAUCUGUUUUUCUAAGACGGCAGACAUAAUAUCUUUAGAGCAUACAUAAAAGUUUAAUCUUAACCUGCAUAAUUUGAUACUACACGCAUUUCCGGCUCCAUAGAUUAUGUUUUGAAUCACCCAUUAUGCUUAUUUCUUGUUGCUAAUAAUUGAUUUUAUCAGCCAAAUAUUGAUCCUGAGUCAAAGGCAAGAUUGGCAGUCGAAUGUCCCCGAAUUGCAGUGAAUCCUCAACCAUCACCGCUUUCCCUCCGUGGGGUGGAAGUUCCUCUUGCUGCCUGUCCAGAUUCAAUAUUAGAUGAGUCUUAUGUUGCCGGCAUCGACCCUGAAACAUGGGCCACAACAGUGUCUGAUGCUGAUCGGGCUGGCAUUAACACACUCCCUAGUGCAUCCGAGCAAGGACAGGACCUCCCUCAGCUGUCGAUGGCAGAAAAAUUCAGGCUUGCAUUUGUCGAGAGGGACUUGCGAUUGGCUCCCAAGAGGGCAAAGAACAUGCGCCAACGUCAAAGGCGGGCAGAGAAGGAGUGGGUGACGAGCAGCGCUGAUGCUAAGUCUGUUGUCUUGGCCGCGAAGUUCAGGAAGUCACUUUAA